UGUUUACAGGAAAACGUUUUCCGGACAAUUUUCGUGUUUUUUUCACAUAAAAAGGCCCGAAAAGCAUGGAAUCGUUGUUGGAAUUGAUGCGACGGCAUCACGAAGAGCGCGAAAGACUCGUGAAAUUGAUGACGGAAGAGAAUGUGGCGAAAAAACAGACAGUUCGGGAUCAAAUUUACUCCGAGCAUCGCAUUAAAGCCUUGUUGGAUCAAUACCAAGGAGCAACAAAGGCCUUGAAAGACUUGUACGAAGACGAAACUGAGCGAAAAGCUGAAAUUGCCGCGUUAUCCGGUCCAAAUGAAUUCAACGAAUUCUACUCACGGUUGAAGCAAAUCAAGGAAUUUCAUAAAAAACAUCCGAAUGAAGUCAGUAUCCCGUUGUCGGUUGAGUUUGAGGAGCUGCAAAAGGCAUUCCAGAACCCCGAAGCGAUGGCAGCUCUCGUGGAUUUCACCGACGAAGAGGGUUACGGGCGUUAUUUGGAUUUGCACGAGUGUUUUGACGCCUAUAUCAACAUCAAAGGCAUCGAAAAAGUCGAUUACAUCAAGUAUCUCGAGACGUUCGAUCAUGUCUUUGAUAUCCCGAAGGAGCGAAAAAACUCGGAAUAUCGCAAAUAUUUGGAAAAACUCUUGGAUUACUUGCACAAUUACGUGGCACGGGUGAAACCGUUGCUCAAUAUCGAUCAAGAGCUCGAACAGGUCAACGCGGAUUUCGAAAAACAAUGGGAAAACGGGACUUUUGUCGGAUGGCCCAAAGAAACGGAAAGUGCUCUUGCCAAUCAAGGCGCUCAUCUCGAUCUUUCUGCAUUUACGAGUUGGGAAGAAUGCGCUUCGCUCGGUUUGGAUCGUCUCAAAUCCGCCUUACAAGCACUCGGAUUGAAAUGCGGCGGUACCUUGGAGGAAAGAGCCCAACGUUUAUUCUCGACAAAAGGCAUGAAGAACCUCGAUCCGAGUUUAAUGGCGAAAAAAGUCAAAUCCAAGGAUAAUACGAAGGAACAAGCGCGUCAAAAAGAAAUCGCGUCACUCGAAUCGCAUUUGUACAAAUACGCGGAGCUGGUUUCGGAGCAACGAGCAGCCACGAAAGAAAAUGUUCAGCGGAAACAGGCGAGAACAGAAGGUGAACGUGAGGAAAGUGACGAAUCUGAGGCUUCGGCGGAGGAGAGUGAAGAUGAUACAGACGAUGUUCCGUAUAAUCCGAAGAAUUUGCCUCUGGGAUGGGAUGGAAAGCCGAUUCCGUAUUGGUUGUACAAGUUACAUGGCUUGAAUAUCAGUUAUAAUUGUGAGAUUUGCGGAAAUUACGUGUAUAAGGGACCGAAAGCGUUUCAGAGACACUUUGCGGAAUGGCGUCAUGCACAUGGGAUGCGAUGUUUGGGGAUUCCGAAUACGGCGCAUUUUGCUAAUGUGACACAAAUUGAGGAUGCCAUUACAUUAUGGGAAAAGAUAAAAUUACAAAAACAUCAAGAACGAUGGGUCCCCGAGCAGGAAGAAGAAUACGAAGACUCCCUUGGAAAUGUCGUCACAAAGAAAACUUACGAAGAUUUGAAGAGACAAGGAUUAUUGUAGACUUUUUUACCGUAAAAUUGACAAAAAUAAAAUAAAAUUACUUCAUAAAU